UUGUGUCUGGUCUGCGGCAGCGCUAACAGCUGAGAGCCACAGGGAGAGGAGUGCCGAGGCUCCAAAUCUGACUGUCACCUCCACCUCAGUCAGUCUGGGCGUAUUUUACCCAGCAUGUCCUUCAUUUUAGCAAAGAAAAAAAGGUUUAAGUUUAAAAUUGACUUUGAUUUGGACGAAUUGUCGUCGGUCCCCUUUGUAAACGGAGUCCUGUUUUGCAAAGUGAGACUUUUAGAUGGAGGCUUUGCCGAAGAGUCAUCUCGGCAGCCUGUCCACGCCAACUGUGUGCGCUGGAAAAAAAAGUUUUCUUUCUUGUGUAAAAUAAGCGCCAACUCUGGGACAGGGGUGCUGGACCCCUGUAUGUGCCGAGUGUCUGUCCGCAAGGAAAAGAAAGGUGGAAAAACUUUUGCAAAGAUGGGCUUUGCAGACUUAAACCUUUCAGAGUUUGCUGGAUCUGGCACUACGGUUCGGCGGUGUCUCCUAGAGGGUUACGACACAAAAAACACCAGACAGGACAACUCAAUUCUCAAGGUCGUCAUCACAACACAGCUAAUGUCUGGAGAUCCCUGCUUUAAAGUUCCGCCCUCCACAGCCAUGACUCUGGGAAUCCCACAGACCGAGGCAGAGUUUCUCCAUGAGGAGAGGAAAGGAGGGGACAUUAAGAUAUCCCAUUCUGUUCCUGGAACACCAGGAAAGUCUGCAUUUGUCCCAGAGGAGCUCAUUGCAAAUGGUUACCCUAGAACACCCAGCUAUGCAAGUCAGCUGUCCAAAGUAUCAGGCUAUAGCUCUAGUAGAUCAAGUUCAACAGAUCUGAGUCAUCGAAGAAGCGGUUCUGGAGGUUCUGCUUCUACCGGCAUUGGUAGCAUUGAGCCUACUGAUCAGCAGGGAGAAGGCAGAGAGAAGGAGCGAAGGCCCACACCCACACGCUCUGUCGGCCAGCAUCAAACCUGUGAAAAGCACCCAAACUCAGCCAAGACAUUUAGGCGUGUAAUGAAGCAGGACUCUAUGGAGAAUCAGCUCCGGAGGGUGGAUGCCACAAGGAUUGACGCAGAUGACAUAAUAGAUAAAAUCCUGCAGGGCCAGGAUUUCAGCCAUGGCCUCUUGGAUUCCAGUGCAGAGGAGGAGGGGCUCAGCUUGUUUGUUGGUCCUGGUGGAAGCACGGCCCUGGGAAGUCAGCACACGAGGGUUGCAACUGGAGCUUUUGAGCAGGUGGUGAUGAAGCGAUAGGCUUUAGGAAAAACGGGUCUGACAGCAAUGACCCAAAUUUUCUUAAGUGAAGGGGCCAAAAAGAGUGAGAGGUGGAUAUGCCCUGAAGCUUCACUCCUUUUUAACUCAAGGAGGUAUUUUUCUUUUACGUAAUGCCUUCUCAUAUGACCCUGAGCAUAUGUUGACCGUGACACCCCCCUUGUGUCCAAAACGUUGAAUGCCACUUUAAUGUAGCGUGUUACAGACUGUUCAAUCCCUUUUAUUAGACCUCAGCUAAUCCGUUAACUCACUGGAUUCAUGUGUUGCACUCUAUUUGUAGUUAGUUUUUUAUUUUUAAGUAUUCAAAGGUAUCUCAAUUCUGUAUAUGUUAAAUUUUUUUCACUUAAUAUAAUAAGCUAUGUUAAAUGUUCUGACUAAAACUUGUCUACUUUGAAUAUUUUUUGUUGUUUCACUGAAAUAAGUUGUUGAAAGUGUCAAACAUAAUUUAAAGAUGUCUGGUUUUUUUAAUGCAAACUUUGUUUUUUCAAAGCAGUUUGCCUUUGGACUGGGUUUGAAAGAAAGGAUUGAUCAAUAUUAUAUCCAUCUUUCCUCAGAAAUUCAAUUUAUUGAAUGAAAAAUGAAAAAGUGUGUUCAGAUAGUUUUUAAUGUAACAUUAAUUCAUUCAUAAUUUUACCCAAAAAAAGUAUCACUUUCGUCCAGUUUAUAUCACUAGCUGUAUAAAAAAAUCAGUACCAAAAAGGGUUUUCGUGUACAUUUCUUUUCAUAAAUCAAAAACUGAAUUGAAUCAAAACUUGUAUAAUAAAAUCUAUUGGAUUUUGUUUUUGAUGUCUGAUGUCCUGCCAUUACUGAGAAAUCUAUGAGUCAAAUAUUGACACAUUUAAAAAAUGUUUUUAUAUCAUUAAGAAAUGGCUCAGUAAUGCUCAGAAUUUUCAACACUGUUUUAUGCAAGCUCAUUCCAAAUAUAUAUAUGUUUCUGUUCCCUUGUUGUUACCAUUGAAGCCUGGGUUUUACACCAUAAACACGUCCCUCUUGCUGCUGAUAUAUUUCUCCUGGUUUGUGUGUUUAUGUCUGUAUAUGCAGAUGGAUGUGUUUUUCUAAACUGGAAAGCAUUGUGUUUCAUUUUACAUCUGAUUGUCUUAAGAAAGGCAACAUGUAACACAGAAGAAGUAAAUGUAGUUGUGACUAAUUCUUUUUAUAUAAAACACAUGUUUUGCUGGAUUUUGCACUUUUAUUAUUGCAUAUGGUUAAAGUUAGCAUAAUAACAUUUAAAGACCCUAAAGAAUUAUUAGUUGACACAAAUGCAGAUUUUCACAGUUUCAAGCAAUUCAAGUCUCUAAAGUGUGAACAUGUGCUUUUAUUUUUGUAAUUAAAUUCAAUAAAAAGCAGCUGGUCUCCUC